GAAGCGACAUCGGCAGCGAGGCCAAUCUCAUCUUCAUUUCAAGAUAUGGCCAAGGUAUUGCCCAUCAAGUUCAAGAGGGUAGCCAUGGCGUUCGACGAAGCGGCUCGGCUCUGCGAGAGCAGCGGGAGCGAGCAUUCGGUGUCGUCGGAGAGCUUUCCCGAUCUCUCUGAUCUCGUGACGUCGUUCAUGGAGAAGGAAGGAAGGGUUGAAGCCGAAGAGGACAAUGAUGAUGAGAAGCUGAGCAAGGAGGAGUGUGAGGGCAACGACUUCGAUGAUUGCUGGUCCGAUUCUGAUGAGUCAUCGACGAGGGAGACGUUGGAGGAUAUUUUCGUGAGGGAUUACAAUGGUGACGAAGUGAAGGUGAAGAUUGGAGCUGAAGUUGAGCUCGCUUGCGAGUUCAUCGGGAGGGGUCGAGUGAAUAUGUCGUCGCAUGAUUUUAAGCGACGAUUGAUGGCUCGUCUUCGCGACAGAGGCUUUGACGCCGGUCUCUGCAAAUCUAGAUGGGAGAAGACCAGCCGAUUACUGGCCGGAGAUUACCAAUACAUCGACGUUAAUGUGAAUGAUACUCGCUACAUCGCUGAGGUCUCCUUAGCAGGACAAUUUGAAAUUGCUCGCCCGACAGAUCGCAUCACUUCAUUGCUCAAAAUAUUUCCGGCUAUAUUUGUCGGUCGGCCCGAGGAGUUGAAGCAAGUGGUGAGGAUAAUGAGCACAGCGAUAAGGCAGUCCUUAAAGAAGAGGGACUUGCUUGUGCCUCCAUGGAGGAAGAAUAGCUACAUGCAAAACAAAUGGUUCAGCUCCUACAAGCGAACCACUAACAGGGUUUCAGAAGCCAGCAGCAUGGCCAAACCUCAGGACAGACAGAUUACAAAACAUCUCAUCGGAUUCAAGGUCUCUAGAGUAAAGGAUUGUUUCUGCCGUGAGGAUUUCGCGAGGAAGGCUAGGUCGAGAAUGACUGGGAAUUUAACCGCGGUCUUCGACGGCCACGAUACCAGCUUGCAUCUCUAGUUUGAGUCGCAGGAUAAGUCAAGGCUUGCUUCGUCAGAUGUUCGAAGUUUCUCUCCAUUUAUAUAAUUGUUUAUAGGGUGAGAUUUUUCGUCACUCCUUACUUCUCAAGAUCUCCUCCGGAUUAGAAGUGGAGCUUGAUCGGGUUGCAGGAGGGUGGACCUUUGUUGUUUCAAGAACUUCAAUUGGAAUCCUAAGAAAAAGGAGUCGACACCCUAUGUCUGUAAUUUGAACCUUCGUGCCGAUGGGUCGACCUGUUCUAUUUCAAGAAGCCAAUCUCGGACCCUUGAAGCAUAGUGAGUCGACCUCGACAACGACGAGAUCAACCUCUUCUGCUAAGGGCUCCAUUUGGAGUUCUUGACGCAAAAACGAGUCGAUCUUCUCAGAAACGCAUCAGUCCCCACUUGAACGAGGGAGAGAGAGGAAGGAGAAGAGAGAGACAUGUUUUUGUAAAUGUAUAUAUUCAUCAGGAUAGUCUGUGGCCAUGCAUAAUGCAAUGUACUGCUAAAAGA